UUUACUUUAAAAUUAUGCAAAGGGUACAUACUAUAUCUGUGUCAUCACACUGAAGGAAGUAAAAAAUCAUCAAGCAGAAGAGAUGCUGAGCAGAAGCAAGGCAUGUGAAUAUGUGGGAGAUAAAAUGUCUCAUAACAUUUCAAGCAGUAGCAGGAAUCGCCAUGGGAUUUAAAAUGGGCUGGAGGAGUCAUUGGACUCUGUCCUUGAAACAUAGCAUGACUUCUUUUUGUUUUGUUAUGUUUUUAUGGCCACACCUGUGGCAUAUGGAAGUUCCUGGGCUAGGGAUUGACUCAGAGCUGUACCCCAGCCAUGGCAAACACCAGAUCCAAGCCACAUCUGCACACUUUACUGCAUCAUGCAGUAAAGCUGUAUCCUUAACCCUCUGGGGAGGCUUGGUGUUGAACUUGCAUCCUCAGAGAGACAACACUGGAUUCUUUCACCUGCUGAGCCACUCACAGCAGGAACUCCCCAAAGCAUGAAUUUUUAAUUCACCCUUUUUCAAAUUCCCUAAGUUGUAUUGAUGAGGUUGGCUUUAGCUAGCAAGCUUAAGGCUCCCUUCCUCCGUUUUUCAGUGGACCUCUCCUUUGCCAUCCUCAGUCCACCAAAGAGGUCGGCUAAUAGCAUGAGGGCCCAUGCUAUUUGUCACCCACAUCCUUACUCACCCACCUUGCUUUUACACACUACCUUCAACAUCACUGCUUGAAUAAUUCCUGACCAGCAUCAACAAUAACCAUGACCUUUAUUCUGUGUUCUCCUAGAAGAUCCUGAGGACCUGGGGGAGGAGUGGUCCAGCCUCAGGUCAGUCGUGGCCGCUCCUUCUGCCACCAUGGUCCUUGUAGAUGAGGUAACUGAUGAAAAUGAUACUUAUACAGAAAUUAUCACUCCAGUGACGAACAAUCAGGAUGAAGAAGAAGAUUGCAUAGGAUGCUGCUUCCGGAUCCAAAGGAACAAUCGACAGACGUCACAAAGAUCCACCUCUGGCUGCAUCAGAAAAUUAUGCUCCUGGCGCCACCAGCGAGUGCACCCCGCUAAUGGGUCGGGGACAGAAGAAACCCCGGGCUCCCAUGAAAGGCUGCCCAGCACCGCAGGAGGAAUAGAGGCUCCAAGUGGCUGCACAAUGCCGGCCGAUGACGCAACUAAUAAUAAUGGCAUGGCUUUGGAGCGCCCCACUCCAGUGACAAACAAUCGGGGUGAAGAAGAAGAAGAUUGCAUAGGAUGCUGCUUCCGGAUCCAAAGGAACAAUCGACAGAGUCACAAAGAUCCACCUCUGGCUGCAUCAGAAAUUAUGCUCCUGGCCCACCAGCGAUGCACGCUAAUGGUCGGGACAGGCGUCAUCGGCUGGUCUCUGGAGAUCUGCACUGCGUAUGGAAACCGGAGACAGCCUGAGUCCCACAGCGAUGGUCCCUGUAGCCGGUCAGAACUGUGCUUCCUCUACCUGGGACUUUGCCCAGAAGUACCGUUUGGCUCUGACAGUGAGGCAUCCUGCAAGGAGCCGGCCACCCACAUCCCUGCCUUCUGCACACACUCGCUUCCCUCUGCCAAGUCACCAGAUAAACCACCAUUGGAACAGUCACAAAUAAACCUUAAUGAAGACCAAAGAUCUUUCUCCAGUCUAAAGCCAUUUGUAAUCACGAUCCGUUAUUGUCGGGACCAGCAGGCAGAGGAGCCCUUAGGCCUGUUACAUAUUCAGCAGCAGCAAUGGUGA